AUGCCAGUCAAGAAACUGAAGCACGGACAUGAGGACAAACCGGUCCCGCCUUUCCGCGCCGGAAGUCGGGGCUGGGGCGACGGCCGGGCGGGCAAGGGGCCGAGCCUCCGCCGCAGGCCCGGGGUCGCCCCCCGAGCGGCCAAGAAAGGGGGCGGGGCGAGCGACGGGGGGGGCAACAGGCCCGGCCCGGCCCGGCGCGUCGCCGCGUCCCACCUGCCGCCGCGCCCGAGCCCGUCGCCGUCGCGUGUCCGCGCCUCAGCCGGCGCGCGGGGCUGCGGGGGCCGCGGGGGAGGCGCGCGGCCAAUCAGCGUCGCGGGCCCGAGCGCCCCGGCCAAUCAGCGUCGCGGGCCCGAGCGCCCCGGCCAAUCAGCGCCGCCGGCCCCGCCCCUCGCGCCGGCCGGCGGCCGCGCCGGGGCCGCCCGGGCCGCGAGCCAGGGGUCCGGCCUGAGGGAAGUGGGUUCCCCGCGCGCCGGCCCGGAGCCCCCGCCCUCGCGAGGGGCGCCCCCCUGCCGCCCGCCCCCGGGGGCGGCGCACGCGCGGGACUCGCGCCGGCGCCUCAGGGACGCGGGGCCCGCCGGGGAUCCGGACGCCAGGGCAGGCGCCGCUCCGACGGCGCCAGCAGAGGGCGGCAGAGCCGCGCGGCCCGCUCCGCCAGGCCCCGCCCACUUGGGCCGCCCCGCCCCCGAAGAGGCCCCGCCCACCGCGGGGCACGCCUGCCCGGCCACGCCCCGCCCGCCCCGCCCCGCGCGCUGUCAGAGCCCGGCCACCUCGCCGGCUGCCGCCCGCCUGGCCCUGAGCCGCCAGAAGGGAACCGGCUUCACGGGGGAGCCCGGGCCCAGGAAGCCUUGUGCCUGGGAACUUGCCGCUCUCAUCGGCCAGACCUCCGGCCCCCUGGGCUGGAGGCGAACAGGGAGAGGCAGGCUCCUAGCCGGCGCCCUGUCCCGGCCGCCCCAGGAGGGGCCCUGCAGGCUCGUCCCCCUCCGCAAGAAGGGCCCGCCCCGGGCCGAGCACCCCGGCCCCUCGCCCGGCGCCCUCGAGCCGUGCCCCCGGACCGGGGACGUGCCAAGGAGCCGCCGGGCGCUGGCCCCGAAGCCGCCCUCCAACGGCUCCAGCGAGGAGAAGAGAAGGAAGCCCAGCAAGGCAGCCCGGCUGCAGCGCUGGGAGCCGCCCGGCGGGGUCACGGGCACAGCAUCGGGGGCCGCCAGCAGGCUGGAGAGCGACGGCAACCUCCGCGCCCCCCGGCCCCUGGCUGGCCCCCUGGACCCUGCCGAGCCCAAGGCGCCCAGAGCACAGGCGCACGCCGGUCUCAGGAAGAAGGGGAGCGUGGACGCCUGCGCACUGGCCCCUGCGUCCGGCGAGAGGCGACCGCGGGCAGGUGGGGCCAAGCCAGCAGCCUCGGGGACCUCGAGACGCAAGUGA